AUGUCCAAGACGAUCAUUGUCACCGGCGCCUCUCGAGGCAUCGGUCUCGCCAUCGCCAAGUACCUCCUCACAGCCCCUCAAUCCCACAAUGUCGUCGUGAUUGCGCGCAGCGUCGAACCCCUCCAGAAGCUCAAGGACCAAUACACCAAGCAGGUCGAGGUGCUCAACGGCGACCUGGCCGACCUCUCCAUCGGCCAAAAGGCCGUCGACCUGGCGUUGAAGAGCUUCGGUCGACUGGACGGCAUGGUGUUGAACCACGGCAUACUGGGCCAGGUCGGCAAAAUCGCCGAGGCGGACCCCCAGCAGUGGAAGCACGGGUUCGACGUGAACUUUAUCAGUCUGGUUGCGUUUGUCAAAGCCGGUCUCCCCGCCCUGCGCGAAUCCAAAGGCAAACUGAUCUUCACCUCGUCCGGAGCGGCCGUGUCGGCUUACCGCGGAUGGGGUCUGUACGGAGCCACCAAGGCGGCCAUGAACCAUCUAGCCCUGAGUCUGGGCGAGGAAGAACCCGACGUGACGACGGUGUCGAUUCGCCCGGGCAUGGUGGAUACGGAGAUGCAGCGCGAGUUGCGCGAGGACCAUGCGACGACGCUGGAGCCGCAGGUGCAUUCGAAAUUUACGACGGUGCACAAGGAGGGCAAGUUGCUCAAGCCGGAGCAGCCGGGGCAUGUUAUGGCCAAGCUGGUGCUGGAUGCUCCGAAGGACUUGAGUGGGAAGUUUCUCUCGUAUGUUUUGGAAAUGGUUUAUUCAUUGGACUAUCUAGCUAACCGAUACAGGUGGAAUGAUGGCGCACUGGCGGCGUUCCAAGCAUAG